AUGUCCUCAACCUCAACCACCCUGCGCGUGGGAAUCCUCACCGCAGACGAAGGCGCCAAAGCCAUCCAAGCCAUUUACCUCCCAGCCCUCCGUGCGCUUCCCACCUCGUUCCAGGUCCAAGCCAUCCACGAUGGCUCCAAGCAGCCCCUGUCGUACGAGACCGACAUCAACGGCAACAUCUGCAACGACCAUGACCACCAUCAGCAGCACGGCACCAGCACCAGCACCGCCAUCCCAGUAGCCCCCACCCCCGAUGACAUCCUCACCAACCCAACCAUCGACCUAGUUCUCAACUUCAUGCCAAACGAGUACCACGAGACCUACACCAUCGCGGCCCUCCACUCCGGCAAACACGUCAUGGUCGAAACCCCGCUAAGCCUAAGCAUCCCCAGCGCCAAACGCAUCAUCGAAGCCGAGAAACACGCCCCCAACGGCGCCAAAGUCUUCGUCGCCUGCGCUCGUCGCUACGCCCCCAGCAUCGCCUCCGUCUUCCGACAAGAAGUCGCCAGUCUCGACCGCAUCUACUACGCGCGAUGCCGCAACAUCGCAGGCCCCAGUUCCGCACACACGGCCACCGCCCCGCGCAAGCAAGUCUGGAACGAGGUGAACGGACACAGCCAACCCUUCCCCAUUUCACCCCCUUCUUCCCCCUCUGACUCCAUGACCGGGAAAACCCGCCCCCAGCUCCUCCAGGGCCUCCUCGGAGAAGCCUUCCUCGGCCAAGACCUCAGCAAAGAGCGCGUCGCCCUGUGCGAGUUCCUCGCGUCCCUGGGAUGUCAUGACCUAGGCCUCGUGCGCGAUACCCUCGGCUAUCCGGACGCCGUGUCCAGCAUCUCCGUCAACGAACCCUAUUACUCUGCCGUCUUCCACUAUUACAGUGGCGGAAAGAGCGAACACGCGUUCACGCUGAUGUACGAGACCGGGACCGAUGCCGUGCCUCGAUGCGAUGCGCAUCUAACCAUCUACGGCGAUACGAAGACCGUGAGCGUGCAGUACGGCCUGCCGUAUGGUCGACGGCAUGGGGUGAAGGUGGUUGUCGAGACUGUCGAUGAGAAUGGGGAUAUGAAAAGAUCGGAGACGGUGAGUGCGUGGGAGGAGAGCUAUCGCGAGGAGUUGAAGGCGCUGCAUGCGUAUUUGACGGAGGAUAGGGCUGUGAAGACAACGGCGAAGGAUGCGAUUCAGGAUCUGAGACUGUUUCAGACCAUCUUCGAGCAGUAUGAUCGCCAGUGUGGGACUAUUCGGACUCCGUUGGGUUGA